AUUUUCAGGAACGCCAGAAAAGUUCCACGAAAGGGAGAUGAGUCAUGCUGUGUCGGAUCAACAAGUGGAGAUGGAGCUGGAACAUGAGCUUCAUAGCGUCGACGAUGUGGAUUUAGACGUCGAUGACGAUGAGGAAUAUGACUACGCAAGCGAUACGUCGUCCUAUCAGUAUUCAUCCGACGAAGGAGCUGCGGACGAGAGCAAGUCGAAGAGGUCCAAGACCGAAUCGAAGACUAGGACGACUGCCCUCAAAGUGAAUACCAACAUCGGAUCGGCAGCCGCAGCACAGUACCAGGUGAUUUCGCCAACGUCGUUGGCGACCCAGCAGAACGCACUGAUUGCCGAUGUCGCGAACAUCCUGUCCCUUCCCAAGGCGAAAGCAAGCUUGUUGCUGCGCUACUUCUUCUGGAACAAGGAACAACUCAUGGAUCGGUACUGCAGCGAUCCCACGGGGGUCAGCCAAGCGGCAGGGGCAUUGAGUACGGGCGAAGAGGAAGAGAGCAAGGACGUGAAGAGGAGAUGCGCGAUCUGCUGCGAAGACGAGACGUCUCAGCUUGUGGCGCUCGGGUGCAAGCACUUCUUUUGCGUCGACUGUUGGGUGCCGUACUUGCAGAUCAAGAUCCAAGAAGGCCCGGGGUGCAUCACAACCACUUGUCCGCAGCAUGGAUGCUCCGAGGUGCACACAACAUCUAUCUCAAGAAAUAUCUUAACCCGAAUUCGUCAGCGGGUGAGCGACUCCAUUUUCCAAAAACUGCUGCCCAAGAAGGACUACAUGCGCUUCCAGGAGUACCUCCUGCGAUCGUUUGUCGACAUCAACAAAACUGUCAAGUGGUGUCCGUCCCCUGGCUGCGACAAGGCGAUCGCGUCCUCUGGCGGACUCAUGACCGUGUCGUGUGUGUGCGGGUGUCUCUUUUGCUUGCGCUGCGGAGACGAAGCACACAUGCCCGUGACAUGCGAUCAGUUGGCCACGUGGCAGGAAAAGUGCAAAAACGAGAGCGAAACCGCCAACUGGAUCCUCGCCAACACGAAAAAGUGCCCCAAGUGCUCGAUCCGCAUCGAGAAGAACCAGGGGUGCAACCACAUGACGUGCCGCAGUUGCAAAUACGAGUUUUGCUGGACGUGCAUGGAUGUCUGGUCCAACCACAACGCCAACACGGGCGGGUACUACAAAUGCAAUCGGUACGACCCAGAUACGGUCCCGUCUGACACGGACGCCGCCCGCGCCAAAGCCGAAUUGGACCGAUACCUUCACUACUACCAACGGUUUGCCAACCACGCCGAAGCCGGCAAGUUUGCCGCGCGCAAGCGGGACGACACGGACCGACGCAUGGCCGAGUUUGAAGCGGAAGCGAACGGGUCGUACAUGGACGUGGGGUUUCUCAACGCUGCGAUCGAGACGCUCAUCGCGUGCCGCCGCGUGCUCAAGUUUUCGUACGUGUACGCGUACUAUUUGCCCCAGGGCAAGGAGAAGGACCUGUUUGAGCAUUUGCAAGAGGAUUUGGAGAAAAACACUGAACAUUUGACCGGCUUGGCUGAGAAACCAUUGGACAAGAUGGACCGGUCCGACAUAAUCAACUACACGCGCGUGACGGAAAACUUUUUGAAAAACAUUUUGGGCGACGUGGACAACGGAUUGCUUUCGAAUUAGAUGGCGAUCAAGCAGACGAGCCGCCGCAGGACCGGUACAACACAAGAGGGUGGUGCUGGAUGGGGGGUCUGGAUGGACGGCUUUGAAACGAUCUCACCACUUUUAAAUAAAUAUCAACACCAAAGAACACAUCUCAAGACAUGAUGGGUGGUAUUUAUUCAGCAUCGGGCGGGGGGGUUGUGUGACCAGCUCCUUCGACAAACCCUGCAAUGUCGUCGUCAGUCUCCGACGUACAUGUGUGACAAUGUUAAAAGCUUGACAGGCAAGGUCAAAGGCAAGGUCCCCAGGAAGUAUGCAGCUGUCCAGCCAGACAGUCCUCCGCCCACGAUACAGUAGCGUUAGACGUGGCGCCUCCUGGCUAAUGGCUUCGUUCUUUCAAUAUGAAAUCUAGAUUCCUC